AUGACAACUGUCCCUUCAAGACUGGCCAGUGGCAGUCUACCUCCGUUGUCCAACAUGGACUAUAAACUAUCGUCGCCCUCGCCCUCACCACUCAACAAGAACAGCAACAGCAACAAUAGUGGGGGUAAUACUGGUCACCAGCAGCAGCUCCGGCCUCAGGCGCCUACACUUUGCUCGUUGCAGCCUCAGAACCAGGUGCUGCAGAGUUACCCCGCCGGCUCGCGUCUCACACCCCCCUCGCUCAGCUCGGGCUCGAUCGCCGGCGGGUUUUCGCUAAACUCCCCGUCGCCAACAACAUCUACAUUUGCAACCAGCUUCUCGCAAACCAUCAACAAGCAAGACUUGCCCAUUGCCCACUUGUCGAAAUACGACUUUGUCUUUGACGUGCGGCCAUUCAACUUGUAUAGCAAGAGCCGUAUCCAAAAAGCCAUCAAUCUCAGUCUUCCUUCGACGUUGCUCAAGCGCAACUCGCUUUGCCUUGGCGACUUGAUCAAUAUGAUUGAUUUGGACUCACAAUUUAAAGACGUUUUGUCGAGUCAGAUUAGAAAAUGCCAGUCAGACGAUAGCGCCAACAGUACUAAUGACAGUAGCAAGCUUGUCAUUUUGAUAUAUGACCAGUGUUCGACGGGAGAUGCCAUCACGUUUCCCUUGUACCAAACCAUUGCCAAGUUUGAAAAAUACCAAGAGAAAUUUGACAUCUACUAUCUCGAAGGUGGCUUCACCAAAGCGAUGCAAGCUGCACCCACCAUUGUUGAAACUACACCAGUCAUGCACAACAGCAACAAUAACAGCAAUGGCAAUGGCAACGCCGGCAGCAGCAGCAGCAGCAGCAGCAGCAACAACAACAACAACCACCGCAAGACCAAGAGCUUAUCUGGCUUUACUCUACCCUCGGCAACCAAUUUCAAAACUAAAUUUGUCCAAUCGAUUAAGAAGAAUAAUGACUAUGAAAACAAGCCAGCUAAUCUCAGCUUGCACGAUAAAGAUCAAAGCAGCGGUGGCAAUCAACAUGCCUGUAGUUAUAAAUACAAGUUGAGCGAUAUACCACAAGAUUUACCAUUGCCCAACUGGCUAACGUUUAUCCGCACCGAAAAGAAUGAAGAUGUCAUUAAGCAAAUGAUUGAAAAAUUUAACAAGGUAGAAGAUAUCGAAAAGAGUAGACUAAACAAGAUGUGUUUGAAUUUCAAGAAACCAGCAGUGACCAACCCAUCGACUUUGACUUCGACUUCGACCUCGGCCUCAGGCUCAGGCUCAGGUUCAAGUUCAAUCUCAACAAGUCAAGAACAAGUUUAUUCGCCAUGUUGCCACUCUUGUUCUCAUAUCGAUUUCAGACUCCCACAAGGUAUAGAAUUUGGCUACAAGAAUAGAUACAACAACGUUUGGCCUUAUGAACACUCGAGAGUCAAGUUAUCGAUGGAAGAUCAGCAACAACAACAACAACAACAACAACAACAACAAGAACAAGUGCAAGAGCAUGCAGCUAGUGUCAAUGACUAUUUCAACGGUAAUUAUAUCAACACCGAGUCUCUUGUGGAUAACCCCUAUACCUACAUUGCCACGCAAAAUCCACUCACUUUAACCAUUGGAGAUUUUUGGUCAUUGGUGUCGCUGGAAAACAUACAAAUCAUCAUCAAUCUCGACGCCAAGCCCGUUUCCUACUUUAACCACCCCAGUGUUGGCUCAAUUGAAUCAAUCAAGACCACGUCGCCCGAUUUCAAACUUCGUCGCAUCAACGGUAACAUCUACCAUUUCCAUUACCUCAGCUGGCCCGAUUUCGGCUUGCCCCAAUCGUUUAAAUCGAUUAUCGAUUUAAUCGAAUUCAAGAACAAACUAGCUAUAAACCAAAACUUGUCACGCAAGGUUAUCGUGCAUUGUUCAGCAGGUUGUGGCCGAACAGGUGUAUUUAUCACCAUUGACGCAUUAAUCCAAGGCUACUUGAAUAACCGCGACUUUAUCAACUCAACCAAUGUCGAUCUCGUCUAUAAAUUAGUCCAGCACCAACGUCGUCAGCGGAUAUCGAUGGUUCAAACCUUGGACCAGUAUAUCGUGUGCUACGAGGUGUUUGUCAAGUACCUCAGUCUAGCCUAUGACAAAGAUCGCCAAGAAUCAACGUUGCAAAUGGCCAACAUUUUGGAAAUCAUCAACAACAAUGUCGAAGAGUACACGAGAAGAAGCGCAUCCACGCCAAAGAGCUUUUUCGACCAUCAUCCACAUCAUCACCAUCAUGGUGUUGUUGGAGCUGCUGUAGCAGCAAAUGCAUCAUCACCUGGCUUGAAUCUCGCAAGCAACGCGAUUCAAAAGACUCCAGCUGCAGCAGCCAGUUCAACUUCUGGUGGAAACAAUGGAGACUAUUUCCAAAUCCAGAAUUCUUCAUUCCCCGUUAGUUCAAGGUGA